UAGAUGAACUCAUUCGUUAGGAAUUGCUGAAUUUUAGGCAAACAUUUGUUAACAAUUACGAGUAUAUAAAAAAUAAUCUAAAAUUAACGGCCAUCUAGAUAGAGUUAAACAAUGUAGAAAACUGCGAAACGAGCUGUAAAUCAAUAUUGAAAACUAUGUUAUUUAUUAAGAAUUUCAUUAGUCAAAAACUCGUACUUUAUCAAAUCGUUAAUCAUUUUUAAAGCAAAUUCCAACAUGAUUAACACAGUUCUUUUAUGCUAAGUGAAUCAUAUCAGGAAAGGUAAAAUACAAAUGUAUUCAGUUUAUGAUUUGCUUAGAUAAUUUAUUCGUGAAUCGAUUGUUAACUGCGCUAUCGCCAGUUCCCUAAUGCCGAACCAGAUAAGAUUUCAAAUGAAAAAACUUCCAUAAGCAAUAUUAGCUGGCUGCCUUUGGUAACCCUUAGUACUGAUACGAAAGCCGAGCAGAAUGUCUGUCCACACUUGGUUACACUACAGCCACGGCGCCGUGCCCCAAGAUGCCGUCGUCGCUGGCCACGAUGCCGAUGGCGACACCAUCUUCAUUGGCCGUGCAUUCCAGAACAACGAUUUGCUGCCGGCGAAGGUCAUACCGAACAAGGGCAAGGCCUAUGUGGCCUAUGGCGGCAACGAGAUCGAGCUGGAGAACUACGAGGUGCUGAGUGGACAGAACUACAUAUGGCUGUCAGGCGCAAAUGGCGAGGUGCCAAUCGGUGCCGUUGAGGUAGGUCGCACCGUGGACGGCGAGACACUGUACGCUGGACGCGGCUACCAUGCCGGCAGCCUGACCGUGGGCAAGGUGCACCCCUCUCACGGCUGCCUCUACAUACCCUUCGGCUCCGAGGAGGUCAAGAUAUUCGCGUACGAGGUGCUGUCCCGGAACGCGCGUUAAGCGUCUGUUAACAUAUUUAAAUCAUUUUGUUGUGCAAUAAACUAAACCUUUGUAGAAACUA